AUGUCUGAGGCAGCGGCGGCGGCUUGCACGUCGGUUGCCAACAGUGUUACGUCCGGAAGCGCCCAGGCCCAGGAGGGCAGUACGUCGCCAUCACCGUCUUCGCCGCACACCUACACGAUUCGCUCGAUCCUGAAGACAGCCGUCGUUGCGGAAUCGCCGGCACUGAACGAAUCAACGAACACCGUCGAAAAUGCGCUGACCCCACUGGCCGGCGCCGAGCCCACCAUUUGGUCGGUCAUUUUCCAUCCACAAGCAAAAAAUACCCUUUCGCAUUUCUGCGCCACCUCAUUUUGA